CAGCUGCCCAGGAUCCCCGGUACCAGAUAACCCAGCCCGUGUCCCUGUCGGCGCCGGCCGGGGGCUCCAUCACCCUGCCCUGCGCCUUCACCUACCCCCGCGAGAUCGAGCCGCUGCGGGAUCUCCGGGUUUACUGGAGACGGGGGGGAUUCUACGGCGAGUUUAUCUACAAUCACACCGAGGGGUUCACCCACCCGGAUUACGGGAGCCGCAUCGUCCUCGUCGGGGACCCGCGGGGGAGCCGAACGGCCUCGAUCCGCAUCGACCGGCUGCGGGAGUCGGACGCCGUCGUGUACGUCUGCCAAGUCAGGGUGCAGAAGCAGGACGACAAAUGGGAGCAGUGGCGCAAUGUCUCUGGGACCAACCUCACGGUCACAGCCUUGACAAUCCACGUCCCCCAGGCGACGAUCUCAGCCAUGACGCAGCAGCCAGCCAGGCCGGGGGCAGCCCCGGUGAUUGGGGGGGUGCUGGCGGGGGCCGUCCUGCUGGCCGGGAUCAUCGGGCUGGCUGUGUACGGAGCCCGGAAGAGAACAGGCCGUCGGCAGAAGGACCCCUCGGCCCGCAGGAGGGAGCGCGGCCAGUCGCAGGCCGAGGGCGGAGGCGACUACAUGGAGAUCGGGGCUGGAG